AUGCAGGGCCAGGCCAGCGGUGGAGUUUGGUUUGGAAAUCAAUUGAAGAAGAAGUAUGGGACAGAUAUAGUUUACAUCACCACGGCCAUCAAUGAAACUGGGUGGAACAUAUUCGCUGCGCCGACACAUGAUGGUGUAGAUGUUUGUGGACGCAGAUUAGCGGAUGAAAUUCGCAGCACAAUCAAGGCCAAUCCGUCACUCACUCAUAUAAGUUUAUGUGGGCUCUCGCUGGGGGGGUUGAUCAUCCGAUACACAUGUGGGGAACUUUAUGAAUCCGAGAGUGGCACUAUUGGUGGUCUUAUACCACUCAACUUCGUAUCGUUUGCAUCACCGCAUUUGGGGGUCAGAAAGACUCUGCCAGGAUUUAUGGGCGUUCUGGGCGGCUUCAUCGUGGGAAAUUCGUACCAUCAAAUGACAUUGGCAGACAAUGCGAACAAGAAAACAUGCAACACUUUACUAGAGAGAAUGGCGGGCAUCCAGACACCGGAAUGUGCAGAGGCUUGCGGGGACAAACGUGCUUAUCUUAAAGCACUGUCGAGUUUCCAACGACGAUUAUGCAUUGGCAAUGUGGAGAGCGAUCCACAGGUACCGUAUCCAACUGCCACCAUGGUGCCAUUCUUCCACCCUGCUCAUAUGCCAGUUGACAGAGAGUCGCAGUAUGCGAAUAUCGUACGAAUUGUGCGAAACGAGGAACUCCCUUCGAAUCCCGCUUCAAUAGACGAAUGGUUCAAUUCUGUUGGAGCUGAGGAGCUACAAGCUGAGCGCAUCUUUGAGGACGAAUCCCCCGAAUACAAGAUGUUGGUUUCAAUCCGAGAGGCAACUUCGUGGACGCGAGUCGAUACCCGGUUCGAAGGUUUCAUGAGAAAUUUCAGUCAUGAUUUGGUUGCUGUGAACAAGCCCGCAAUCAGCACAGCGGGUCAAGGUGUCGUCCAAUUUGUAGUAGACGAAAUGUUGGCACCAUUCAAGACGACUGAUCUGGGAACGGCAUAACGCAAUUUUCAAUAGCAACUGAAGGUGUCGCUCACUAUCAGAAUCUCUCGAUCGAAGUCUUUCGGAACUUGAUGUGAAGAUUUCCCAAGCUACUCCGUAGUUACUUUUAAGCGUGUAAACCACACUAGUCCAAUGCAUUCGUCUUGGGCCACAGCAAGUGAAUAGCUUUAAGAAGCUCUCGAAAUUGAGGAAUACAACAUGACGAAGAAAUACCCGAUGCCAGAAAUUGCACCUAACACGCUUCUGGUAGUGUCAAAAAUACGAUCAGGGUGUUCUUUCUCUCAGGCUGUUCGCGACAAUGAAGUGGUUCAGACCGAAAUCGACAGCGGAACGCCCCCGCGUCGGUACGAGAUAUCACGCGCGAGUUUUAGAAUGAACUACCUGUAUGUGGUACUGUUACCACAGCGACUCUUUGCGAAAUGCAUAGUGCACACUUUUACAAUAGCUAACAUCUAUCAACCUCUACAGAGUAUCUGUCCGUUAGCAGCAGGAAAUACCGUACAUCAUAAACAUAGCAGCUAUUCAUAGCGUUGCUGCAAAGGUGCAGAUAAAAACAGUAAUUGCUCCCUGCAGCACUCAGCAUAGAAAUAUAUGGAUCUCAGGAAAGCGAUAAGAAUUUUACUCAGUGGAUCGAUUAAAAUUUCGAUGUAAUCUUUUAUUACUUUAAAU